ACGAAGAUGGACGCUUCAGAGGAGCAACCGGGCGAAGCGGCCAUACAAGACAAAAAUGAGGUUGAGAGCGAACAGGAGAAUGGGAAAGCGUCAAAGGACUCCAGCACAUCAAAUGCACUGGACUCAACAAUACAGGGCCAGAUGCAAGACGAGGGGCAGGCUCAGGGCAGCGUUGCGGAGGAGAAGGCAGAGGUGGCCUCAAUCCCAGAGGACCGUUACUAUGACUACGAACAGCUGUACUCCAGACCUGUCACCACCGCAGACUCCGACAUCCCAGAGGACCUGCUGCACCUCUCGCACUCGUUUGGGUAUGACUGUGGUCGCAGGGCCAACCUGCAGGUCCUGGAUGAGACGACGCUGGCGUUCAUAGCAGGAAACAUCCUGGUACUGCUAGACAUGAAGAGCCGAGAGCAGAGAUACCUCCGCUCAUGCAGUGGAGGAGGCAUAGGGACCAUCAUGACCCACCCCAGUAAGAGAUAUCUGGCUGUGGCAGAGAAGGGGAACCAUCCACACAUAAUCAUCUACGAAUACCCCUCACUCAAGCCAUACCGCAUCCUCAGAGGCGGUACGGAGCAAGCCUACAGCUCUAUGGAUUUCAACGCAGAGGGCCACCUGCUGGCCAGUGUGGGCAGCGCGCCCGACUUCAUGCUGACGCUGUGGAACUGGAGACAGGAGCAGGUGGUGCUGAGGAACAAGGCCUUCAGCCAGGACAUCUACAGAGUCUCAUUCUCUACCGAUAACCCAGAGCAACUCACCACAUCUGGAUCAGGACACAUCAAGUUCUGGAAGAUUGCCAACACCUUCACAGGUCUGAAGCUACAGGGGGAGCUGGGACGCUUCGGGAGGACGGCUCUUACCGACAUCGAGGGAUACGUAGAACUACCAGAUGGCAAGGUGUUGUCUGGUUCGGAGUGGGGCAACAUGCUGCUGUGGGACGGCGGCCUCAUCAAGGUGGAGAUCUGCAGGCGAGAGGGGCGCACCUGCCACUCCGGGACCAUUCAGCACUUCUCACUGGACGAAGGGGAACUGCUGACCAUAGGCACUGACGGAGCAGUCAGGAGUUGGGACUUUGAGAGUAUCGACCAGGCGGACUGCAGUGAUGACAGCGGCCUGAUGGAGUUGGAGCCCAUGAACGAGAUGGUGGUGGGCCGAAACGUCAGUCUGGUUUCCAUGGUGAAGAGCACCUGCCCCGACUCACCUAUAUGGUUCGCCCAGGAUUCGAACGGAGCCAUUUGGAAGCUGGACCUCUCCUUCUCCAAUAUGACCCAGGAUCCUGAGUGUUUGUUCUCGUUCCACACGGGAGUAGUCCAGGGGAUGGACGUCUCCGGAAACAGCCACCUGAUGGCAACUAUCGCCAUGGACCGUUCUCUGCGGAUCUUUGACUUCCUGUCCAAGCGUGAGAUCUUCGUCAGUCGCUACAAGCAGGGAGGAACCGCCCUCACCUGGGCACCGCGAAUAGUCCACAGGAGUGCUGGUCUGCUAGCGGUGGGCUUUAAGGAUGGCGUUGUGCGUCUGUUAGAGCUGUUUAAUCCGCAGCGUCUGUCUGCAGUGACGGGAGUGGGCCACCAGGGAGAGGGAGAGCUGCGGCUCAAACAGGCACUCAAGCCCCACAAUGCACCACUCACCGCCAUUGCCUACGAACGCAAUGGAGAGAUCAUGGCUACCGGGAGUGUGGACUGUACAGUGUUUUUUUUCUGCGUGGGGGAGGUGUACGCUCCUAUCGGCUUUGUGAAUGUGCCGGGGCCUGUGCACAGCUUGGAGUGGUCUCCUCAGUCACACGAGAGGUCUACGCUCCUGAUCCUGUGUGCUACGGGCCACGUCGCGGAGGUGGACGCUCCAGAUGUGGAGGGUCAUGACGUGGGCAGCAGCUACCACCUGCAGGGCCUCAAAGUCCGCCUCUUCACCUUCACCUCCAUCAAGGCCAGGAUCAAGAGGGAUGCGGAGGUCGCUCGUCGCGAGGCGAUGCGUCAGAAGCGGUCGGAGGAGCGUGCGGCGCGUCUGAAGGAGCGCCAGACGAAGGCGCAGCAGGAGGGGAGACAGCUGAGCGAAGAGGAGCAGAAAGGAGAGGAGACGGAGGAGGGGGAGGAGCAGGAGGAACUACCGCCCCUCUACAUUCCCUCCCCUCCCAGCCCUCUACUGAGCGGCUUCUACUCUCAGCCAGGACACUUCUGGCUCUCUAUGGGAGGUUACGAUAGCGGCUACCUGUACCACUGUCGCUUCUCUGAGGAUGAGACUGGAGAUGCGGAGAGCAGGCAGCACGAGCCCUUCGCCUUCAUCCCCAUACAGGACGCCGAUACCGACCCCAUACACACACUAGCAUUCAAUUCCAGUCGUGACCUGCUCCUGUGCGGCAUGCAUUCAGGCCAGAUCCGGGCCUACCCCAUCCUCCCUAACGACCACCAGCUCAGCUCUCUGCACUCCUAUUGGGCACUCAGUGUCCAUGACAACCACUACGGACACCUGCAGCAUAUCACCUGUUCCUAUGAUGACCAGUUCGUCUUGACGACCGGACAGGAUGGCAACAUCUUCUCCUUUAGCAUGCUGCCUCCAGAUCACCUCAAGAGGGCACUGCAGAAACACAAGGCUAAAGUCCCAUCACCUAGGGUUGGUCUAGAGUCGGAGAAAGCUGCCCAGGACAUAGACGACCCCACAGCCUACAGCAUUGAGACAGCUAAGCAGAAGGUUGAGUGUGAUCGUCUGCGUCGAGAGGCGGAGCUACGUAAAGCCAAACGGCUCACACAAUUGGCCGAGCUGCAGAGUCGAUUCCAGAACAUUCUACAGGAGAACGACUCCCUGCCCCCACACGUCAGGCUGCACCGGGUGGAGUUGGAAUUGGAUCCUCGGUUCCGUGAGGAGACAGAGCGUUUGACGUCUCAGCGUGUUUGGGAAGCUCGAAGAGAGCUGGCCUGGGAAGAAGAGAGGCAUCGCAUCGGCCUCAAGAAACUACAGGAGAGGUUCUGGGACUCGCUGGUGUGUGAGACGGUGACAGUGGUGGCGUUCCAGAGCGAGCACCGAGUCUCCACCUACAGACUUCUGCGAAUGUCCGACCGCUAUGCCAAACUCAAGCAGCAGAGGGCGCAGUCCACACGCGGACCGUCAGAGAGGAGACGCAGCAUAGACGCCAACAGACCACCUGCUAACGAGACGGAUGGCGCUGAGGAGCAUGGAGCAGUGGGUGGUGGGUCAUCAGGAGGGGGAGGGGGAGGGGGGGCUGUUCCCAAGGCGGCCCAGGGGGGUGUGGGGAUGGGGAAGCUCGCCGGCCGGCAGGCUGAAAAGCUCCGCAAGGGAGCGGAGAAGGCAGAGAAGGCAAGAGCCAAGAUCCAGAAGAGGAAACAGGAGUGGGCCGAACUCUAUGCGUCUAAGCCCAGUGAGAACUGUGAGGACCCAGCUGACGUCCAGGCGAUUCGCUGGGCUACGGAGCAGAUGGGCGACUUCAAGCUUAAGACGGCGAAGGACUUCACCGUACCAGAACACCUGCGCAUGAACGUGGACAAGAAGAGAGCACAGCUGGUCGCACUAGAGGAGAAGAUCUACGAGCAGAAGACGGAGAUGAACUCGCGUGUGCUGGCGCUGCGUAACAGCAAGGUGGCGCUCCUCAGCUGCAUGCAGGAUUGUCUGGAGCGUCUACGGGACGUCCAGGCUCUACUACCCCCCGCCAAGCGCCUGCCCCUGCCCUCCCUCCCCUCCAUGCUCCCCGAGGAGACCCCAGAGAGGAAGCAGCGCUACACACGCAACACCCUCAGGAGAUACAGCACCCUCCUCAGACAGAGGGCGGAACUACGUGGCAGAACACUCUCCAGCGAGGAGGGGGAGGGGGAGGAAGGGCAGGGGGGGUUAGAGAAGGAAGGAGGAGGAGAGGUGGAUAUACUCACCCAGCUGGCAAUGGAGGAAGAGGGGGAGCAGGAGAGGGGAGAAGAGGAGGCGGAGGAGAGGAGCGAGGGAUCAAGAGAAGAGGAGCAGGAAGAGGAGGAGAAGGAGGAAGAAGGAGAGCCCACAGGGAUGGAGGAAGAGAUGAUGACAAUAGAGGAGAUCAGAAACCUCCAUCUACAGGAUACACUGCUGCAGCAGAUGGAGGAGUUUGUGUGGCGUUUUGAUGCGGAGUUGUGUGUGCUGCGUCAUGAGAAGUUGUGUCUGGACCUGCGCAUGAAGAUGGCGGAUCUUCGCCACGUGACGCUAUUCCAGGAGCUCCUGCUGCUCAAGGAGUUUGAGAAGAGAGAGAACACAUUACAGGGGAGACUUAACGCACGCAUGCAGGAAGAGGACGAACUGGAGGCCAAGCUAGAGGACUUUAAGAAGCAGCACGAGGUGAAGCGUCGUGCGAUCGCGGCGCUGCAGGAGAGAGAGAAGGCCAACGCCGCCGCCUUCCAGGCCUCGCUCGGAGACAACAACAAGUUUGCGGAGUUCCUCACGCGCGUCUUCAAGAAGAAGAUCAAACGUGUCAAGAAGAAGGAGAAGACAGGGGAGCACGAGGAGGCGAGUAGUGAGGAUUCUGACGAAGAGUCGGACUGGGAUGAGGAUGAGGAUGAUGAAGGCUCUGAGAAUGGAGCUACUGACGACAGUGUCUGCCCACCGAACUGUGAUCCCGAGCUCUUCAACAACACGGUGCGUCUGCGUGAGCUGCGUCUGGAUCUGGAGGAGACUCUGGCGGAGGAGAAGAAGAUGGCUGACGCCCUGAAGAAGGAGUGUGACGCCCUCGCCAAGAAGGCUAAGGUGGUGCAGAGCACACUCCAGGCUGCAGAGGGCGAGUUGGAACUCUUCAACCGCGAGAAACAGCAGAAGGUUAACGAGCUGGACGUGGUGGUACCUGUGCGACUACACCAGAUUGAGUAUGUCGUGAACGGCAUGGUGCCUCGGAAUCUGAGCUGUGCGCUGGUGUUGAACGGGGCUGCCCUGGUCAGACUGCAGGGGCGCAUUAAGAUGCUGCAAUACGAGAAGAGCCACCAGAGGGAGCUCUACCGCCACGCACGACAACAACACGUCACACUGCUGCACGAACACAGGCAGAUGGAGGCCAAUAUACAGGAGCUGGAGUCUCGGUGUGAGGUGCUGAUGAUGAAGAAGUUUGGGAAGCUGGUGGAUCUGGAGGCUUUGCAGACGCUAUCUGGCAACCGCACCCUGGAGGAGAUGAGGCACGAGAGCCGAAUACGAGAACACAACUACGCACACGAGAUACAGGCCUGGGAGGCUAAGGUGUGUAAGGCUCGGCUGGCACUGACGGAGGCGACUCGAGAGAACACAGUGCGGCUGCAGCGCAUGAACAGCCUGCUGUGUGAGAAGAAGGAACUGGAGGACAAACUCAACAGCCGACAGAAGAAAAUGGGUGCCCAGUUCCAGGGUGCUCGGCGUGCUGAUAUCCAGGAGCUGACGCGUCUUCAGGAGCUGGUGGAGACUCAGGCUGAGGAGUCGGCCAUCUUGAGGCAGGAGAUCAGCCUUCUCUCACGCAAGAGCGGACACAUCCUGCCGCCCCCUCAGACGCCCAUCCCCACACACACACACCCUCACACACACUCCGCACUCACACACACACACGCCACACGCCUCAACCGCACCUUCCACACACACAAGGUAGCGCAGCAGCUACGCACAUACACACACAUGUCUGGUGGCAAGUAGGGUGCACGCACGCGCACACGCACACACACAAACACACACACCCACACACACACAAACAUACACACCCACACACACUACAGCUACGCACCUUCACACACAUGUCUGGUGGCAAGUAAGCCACACGCGCACGCACAGACACACACACACACACAAACAAACAGACUUCGCAGCUACACAGAGUACUCACACACACUCGGACACUACAGCUACGUACAUUCACACACAUCUCGAGUGGCAUGUGAGUAUAUAUAUAUAGUACACACACACAUCUCUUAUUUAACAACUACACUUUAGCAUUGAAGCACAUAAUGAAGACUAUUGUUUUAUCAUUUAAGCACAAAAUAAAGUCUGUUGUUUUCCAUGACACCAA